CUGGAGAGCGCACAAACACACACACACACACACACACACACACACACGGAGACACACACCCACAGACAGACACACGCGGACAGACACACGCUCAGUCAAAGCAGAGCAGAGGAGCUCUCGUGCUGAUCGGUGCCAGACGGACGGUCGACUUUUAGUGCGUUUUAUUCGUUUUACUACGGUUUAGUUCAGUUUAUGGAGAAGUAACACUUCACUUUGACUAACUUUGGUGUCAAGUUUGAUCUUUUCUUGGUUGAGCCUUUUUCAAGCCUGUUUGUUUGGAAUAUAUUUGGGGAUCAAAAGGUGGAUACUGCACGACGCGCCGGUACAGUAUUUAUUCUCAGGGGGAAAUAAAAGCUGAAUUCACUCUGUGAAGUCUUGUCCACUGUGUGUGGCCAACGAUUCAAUUCAUAUUCCCUAAAAGAAAAAAAAUCCCAUCUUCUCUGUUGCAGAAGUCCUGGAUUGUUUACACCGAUUCUGACACCGAAACUUCGUCCGCGGGUGUUGUUUCUAUUUUUUUUUCUUUUUAACCUGCGUGGCCCCAGCAAUGGUGGGGCACCUACAUUUACAAGCGAUGGAUGAUAGCCUGAAAGGAAAGAACCGGGAAGGACUGCUCGACAGUCCGGAUUCGGGGCUGCCCCCCAGUCCCAGUCCCCCCUUCUGCUCCAUCUCUCCGGGUCUCACCGAGUCGCGCGCCGCCAGCUGCACGACGCCCGUCGAAAGUCCGCACGGGUUCUAUAAGAAGGAGAGCCGAGAAGGCAAACUGCUUCCCUACCUGCUGCUAAACUCCACAAACACAGACGCAAAGACUCGCAUGUACCCUGUGUUCUUCGGAGAAAGCAUCGAGGUCAACCCCAAACCCGAGCAGGAAAUCAAGUGCAGCUCUGAGGUCAGGUACGACUCGGACAAGCAUUACCAGGACCGGGUGUACUGCGCCCCCGUUCCCACGGCAACCUCCUUCAGCGAGACCGUUGUGGCGGUGCGCAACUGCACAUGGAGGAGCUACAAGUCCCAGGUGUACCUGGAGCCACGGCAGAAACCCAUCAGCUACCAGAGCACCACCAUCAUCUACCCAAAGCACGCAAAGAACACGUACCGCACGACGCUCAACUACAACGCCACGGGCUCCCGCCGCUGGUUCGUCUCCACGGUGCAGCUGGAGUCGAGUGAGGACACUAGUCCCUGCAUCAUCUACACAGAAGACCUGUAGAGUCCAGACCGCAACUGGGAGAAGAGGGCUACCUGGUGAUCAUCUUAUGUGUUUUGGAGGACGAGGAACUUGGGAGCGGAAAUACUUCUUUUUUUUAAAAGCCUACUUUGUACCCACCAUGGAGGAAGGCUUUAGUGACAUAUCUCCUCAGUGCAUUUAGACUUUCUACUGACGUAGUCCUUAAAACAAGGGAGUCUGUCCUCUGGCAGUUUUAAUACUGCACUUCAAUGGAUCAUGUCUUAUUUAAUGCAAGAGAUGACAAGUUGGUGGCCUUUGCUCUCCUUCGGGUUAGACCACAGUGAAGGUAACAGGCGUCUGUGUAUUGAGCCUGCGCAAAGCCGGUCACACCAAUGCAAAGCAUUCUAAUAUGGCUUCAUUGCACUCGUUUUCUAUAAAUUACUGUCCUCCCAGUGGACUUGACAUUGCCGAGGACCGAGGGGGAAUUGGACCAAAGAUAGUUCAUCUCUUUGUAAUAAGAAGAAACUUUUGCUUUAGUUGUACAGUUUCAUUUAACACACAUUCGAACUGCAGCUUGUGUAGUUCGAUCAGACGUUUGAUUAAACUGCGCGUUGCAAGAUGUCAUGUUUAUUCACCAGAGCUGUAUUUGUGAAAAAAUUUGGAAAAGGAAGAUUUUAGUACCUUUGAACACUUGGUUUUCAAAUCUACAAUUCUUUGCAACAUUAAAUAUUCAGCUGUGUUGGAAUUAUGUGGUCAGGAUUCAAAGUCCUUUUGAACGUCUGUUAAAACUUUAUUUGAAUACGUUUGUUAAGGUAAUGUCAGAGUCAAGGUUGUUUUACUAGAACAGGUUAUUAUUAGCUUGUUUGGCUGCAGAUCAACAAAAUAACAUCCUUUCUUAGUCUGCUUCAUGAGCACGUCAUCUAUAGUAAAAUAUGAUUGAGAAAAACACGUGUGUUUUCAUGGCAGUUAAGAAUCGUGGCAAUCAUUGUAUUGUUUACCUUUCUGAACCGGCUUUGGCGUCAGACGGUGGAGCUUCUCGCACGAGUGACAAUCACAAAUUAGACAACCAGGAAAAGAGUUUGUUCAUUUGAAAGACUUCUGUGUCACAACUCUUGGAGCUGAAUAUGGAGCGUUUAGUUCUGUGGAAAAUCUGCGUUUCAACUGCCUCUAAAUAAAGCAACAACUGUUCAGGAUCAGGUUUAACCAGCUAUUCGUAAAUCCUGUCUGUGCACGAACUAGGCGUUGGUUUCAAACUAGUAAUUUACUUAAUCAUAUUGCACUAUUAAUAUUUAAAUAAUGUCUGCUAGUCACAUUUUUUAGGACAAAUCGGCAGCUUUGUCCAAUCAAAACAAUCUAAACAUGAAGUACAUCAGCAUCAAAAAAUAAACAGUAAAACAUUAUAUUAAACUAAAGUAGUAAUCUUUUGUAAAUGUAUAUCGUACAUUGUUUUAUUUAUAAGUCAGUGUUUUUAGGUGUUAGUAUUGAGGCAGUUUUGAAAGUAGCUUACAUUAUGCGGCCAUUUUGUCUGACAUUGGUAAUAUUGCGUUAUGAUAUUAUAACCAUGUUGUUCAUUUUGCGAGAUUUGAUUCAAAAUCUUGUUUUAAUUUAAAGGCGUGAGGGCAGAUGUUUCAAGCGCGCUGCAGACAUGCUAGCCGGCUAAAGUUAGCUUUGUCAGUUGUUUCCGUUAGCUAACCGUGUGUGCAGUAGCUACGACAGUCACACUUGGCAUUUAAUUCCUAUAUAAGAACUACUUUGUGUCAUUGUGUGAUACAACUUUACCGCCUUUAUUUGAGCAAAGUGUAAAUUUCGUCGUACAGUCGUAAACACUCAAAGUGGAGAUGUAAAUUUAAUUUACGAAUUGUUGGUGUUUCAUUUUGUUUUCAGAUAUGAACAAAUAGUCAAAGGUUUAAUGAUCCAAGGCAAUUUCAAAGCGUUGAACCACUCUGUUAUAACGAAGCAGUUAAACCACAUCAGAUAUCCCUGUUGAGAUGUAAAAUAGAUUUUUAUGGAGAGUUCCCAUUACUUUUCUUGUCUGUCUUUAGAUUAUUUAACAACUCAAAUGAGUAAAUUUCAGACUUUACUUAGAUUUUUAUCUCUAUCAGAUUAACUUGUUAUUUUUAUAGUUUGUAAAACCCUCCAGGCACGCGGAGGCACGAAGUGAGUUUAACGAGGGAACAGAAAGUAGCGAUACAAAGACAGAAAAAUAACAUCCGCUCCUUCAAAGGAAACAUUAUAGACGAGGGAGGAAAUUGUUUUGGAGAUGGUUUUUAUACUGCAAAGUUCCAGGAAAGAUGGAGAGUUUUCUUUGUGUAGAUUGUCUGUGAAAUGUCAAGAGAACGAGAAGAGAAAGUUGGUGGGUGACAAAUUUAAUACUUGGUGGUUUUAUGUGAAAUACUUUUUCUUUACUGUAAAAUGAUUUCCUGUUGUAUAUGUGGCAUUGAGGCACUCCAUAAUUCUCUUUAUAUUUUUGUACAUCAAUUAUCAUUUUUGUUCUGAUCAAAUAAAAUAAUUUAAAAAGAUGUAUAUUCUAAAUAAAUAAAAAAAGCUAUUCCCAAACCCUUA